AUGAGAAAUGUUUUGAGUCUUUUUUUGAAAUAAAAAAAUUACUUACCGAGGCACCUAUUUUACAAGCUCCUCAUUAGUCCCUUCUUUUUGAAAUAAUAUGUGAUGUAUUGAAUUAUGUAGUGGGAGCCAUUCUAGGACAAAUAAAAGAGUCAAAACUCAUAAAAAUUUCAUAUGCUAGUAAAACUAUAUCUGAUGCUUAGUUAAAUUAUACCACGACUGAAAAAGAGUUGUUAGCUAUAGUAUUUUCAUUAGAAAGGUUUAUAUCAUAUAUUUUCAGAGCUAAAAUUAUUAUUUAUAUUAAUCAUGCGGUAUUAAAAUAUUUGUUAAAUAAGAAAGAUGUAAAGCCACAUUUAUUAAGAUGUAUUUUAUUGUUGCUGGAAUUUGACUUAGAAAUAAAAGAUAAAAAAGGUUUCAAGAAUGUUGUUGCUGACCUUCUUUCUAGAUUAAGUGAUACAAGAAUAAAUGCAGCACUUUUACGAGACGCAUUUUUAGAUGAACAAUUGAUGGCAGCUCAACAUCAACCAUCACCAUAG